AUGAACGCGUUCCGUCAUCCCGUUGUCGCCGUCUCACACGGAGCAGGGCCGCUUUGGCUGCUCGACGAAGGCGCUGAAGGACUGGACAAGCACUCACAGUCUGCCAAGAACGUGGCGGAUAUCUUCAGUAGAAUCUACUUGAAUGAUGCUCAGUUGCCCAAGCGUAUCCUUUUCAUAUCGGCGCACUGGGAGGCACGUAGCACCGGUCUGGAGAUCUCGAAAUCCGCAUCGCCCGAGAUGUUCUACGACUACAGCGGCUUCCCCGCUGAGGCGUACGAGCUCGUGUAUGGUGCCGAGGGCGAUCCAGAGUUCGCUAUACGAGUGAAGAAGCUACUGGAGCAAAGCGGCAUCACGUCCAAGCUCGUGGAUCGCCCGCUCGACCACGGCACAUUCGUGCCCAUGUUCUUGAUGCGCCCACAGGCUGACAUCCCCAUCGUCACCAUGUCUAUCAACGACCGUAUGUUCGAUCCGAACGACCACUUCAAGCUGGGCGAGGCUCUUGCUCCGCUUCGUGACGAGGACACGUUGAUCAUUACGUCGGGCCAAGCCACACACAAUAUGUACGCCGACUGGUUCCCCGAGGGCCAUCCGAUCGAGCCCUGGGCGCUCGAAUUCCAGAGCUGGUUGGACAAGACGCUGUCGAGUGAGUCUACACAGACGUACAAGGAGCGGAUGGAGUCGGUUAUCGCCUGGAAGAAGGCACCGUACGCCAUGAAAUGUCAUCGCACGCCAGAUCACUUUACGACGUUUGUUGUUGGCGCAGGUGUUGGGAUGGAAGAGGACGCUCCUGCUGCGAAGAAGCUAAAUGGUGGAUGGGGACUCGGACACAUGUCCUUCGCCUCGUAUGCCUGGGGAGUUGAUUCAAAUUUGAGCGGUGCGGUUAAGGACGAGUUGUAG